GUUCUGAAGUUCUGAUAACACAGAAUUCCGAGAGAUCACAAGAUUGUUUCAGGGUGGUAGGGUGGGGUGGGGUGGAGCUGGGGGCUUGUCGCCCUUUCAGGCUCCACCCUUUGCGGAGAUCAUAAAUAGUCAUGAUCCCAGCCAGACCCAGAGAUGCUGUAAUGGUGAGACUUUGGAUCCUUCCUGAGGACCUGGAGAAAACUUGCUGCUAAGAAGGACAUUUUGAAGGUUUUGUUGGCUGAAAAAGCUGUUUCUGGAAUCAUACCCUAGAUCUUUCUUGAAGACUUGAAUUAGAUUACGGCGAUGGGGACACAGAAGGUCACUCCAGCUCUGAUCUUUGCCAUCACAAUUGCUACAAUCGGCUCUUUCCAAUUUGGCUACAACACUGGGGUCAUCAAUGCUCCUGAGAAGAUCAUAAAGGAAUUUAUCAAUAAAACUUUGACCGACAAGGGAAAUGCCCCUCCCUCUGAGGUGCUGCUCACGUCUCUCUGGUCCUUGUCUGUGGCCAUAUUCUCCGUCGGGGGUAUGAUCGGCUCCUUUUCAGUCGGACUCUUUGUCAACCGCUUUGGCAGGCGCAAUUCAAUGCUGAUUGUCAACCUGUUGGCUGUCACUGGUGGCUGCUUUAUGGGACUGUGUAAAGUAGCUAAGUCGGUUGAAAUGCUGAUCCUGGGCCGCUUGGUUAUUGGCCUCUUCUGCGGACUCUGCACAGGUUUUGUGCCCAUGUACAUUGGAGAGAUCUCGCCUACUGCCCUGCGGGGUGCCUUUGGCACUCUCAACCAGCUGGGCAUCGUUGUUGGAAUUCUGGUGGCCCAGAUCUUUGGUCUGGAAUUCAUCCUUGGGUCUGAAGAGCUAUGGCCACUGCUACUGGGCUUUACCAUCCUUCCUGCUAUCCUACAAAGUGCAGCCCUUCCAUUUUGCCCUGAAAGUCCCAGAUUUUUGCUCAUUAACAGAAAAGAAGAGGAGAAUGCUAAGCGGAUCCUCCAGCGGUUGUGGGGCACCCAGGAUGUAUCCCAAGACAUCCAGGAGAUGAAAGAUGAGAGCGCAAGGAUGUCACAAGAAAAGCAAGUCACCCUGCUGGAGCUCUUUAGAGUGUCCAGCUACCGACAGCCCCUCAUCAUUUCCAUCGUGCUGCAGCUCUCUCAGCAGCUCUCUGGGAUCAAUGCUGUGUUCUAUUACUCAACAGGAAUCUUCAAGGAUGCAGGUGUUCAAGAGCCCAUCUAUGCCACCAUCGGCGCGGGUGUGGUUAAUACUAUCUUCACUGUAGUUUCUCUAUUUCUGGUGGAAAGGGCAGGAAGAAGGACUCUGCAUAUGAUAGGCCUUGGAGGGAUGGCUUUUUGUUCUACACUCAUGACUGUUUCUUUGUUAUUAAAGGAUAACUAUAAUGGGAUGAGCUUUGUCUGUAUUGGGGCUAUCUUGGUCUUUGUGGCCUUUUUUGAAAUUGGACCAGGCCCCAUUCCCUGGUUUAUUGUGGCCGAACUCUUCAGCCAGGGCCCCCGCCCAGCUGCGAUGGCAGUGGCCGGCUGCUCCAACUGGACCUCCAACUUCCUAGUCGGAUUGCUCUUCCCCUCCGCGGCUCACUAUUUAGGAGCCUACGUUUUUAUUAUCUUCACCGGCUUCCUCAUUACCUUCUUGGCCUUUACCUUCUUCAAAGUCCCUGAGACCCGUGGCAGGACCUUUGAGGAUAUCACACGGGCCUUUGAAGGGCAGGCACACGGUGCGAAUAGAUCUGGGAAGGACGGCGUCAUGGAGAUGAACAGCAUCGAGCCUGCUAAGGAGACCACCACCAAUGUCUAAGUCAUGCCUCCUUCCACCUCCCUCCCAGCAUGGGAAAGCCACCUCUCCCUGAACAAGGGAGAGACCUCAUCAGGAUGAACCCAGGACUGCUUCUGAAUGCUGCUACUUGAUUCCUUUCUCAUCCCACGCACUCCAUGAGCACCCAAGGCUGGGGUUUGUUGGAUUUUCAAUGGCUUUUUAAAUAUUUUAUUUCCUGGACAUUCUCUUCUGCUUAGGAGAGACCAAGUGAACCUGCCUUCAUUUCAGGAGGGAUUGGCCGCUUGGCAUAUGACAACUUUGCCAGCUUUUCCUCCCUUGGAUUCUAAUAUUGCCACACUAGGGGAUACAGGAGAGGAAAAGAAAGGUGCAGUUCCCCCAACCUCAGACUUACCAGGAAGCAGAUACAUACGAGUGUGGAAGGCAGAGGGGGUUUAUGUAAGAGCACCUUCCUCACUUCCAUACAGCUCUACACGGCAAAUUAACUUGAGUUUUAUUUAUUUUAUCCUCUGGUUUAAUUACAUAAAUAUUUAUUUUUUAAGUGUAAUUUUGCCAAAUAAUAAAAACAGAAGGAAAUUGAGAUUAGAGGGAGGUGUUUAAAGAGAGGUUAUAGAGCAGAAGAUUUGAUGCUGGAGAGGUUAAGGUGCAAUAAGAAUGUAGGGAGAAAUGUUCAUUAUUGGAGGGUAAAUGAUAUGGUGCCUGAGGUCUGUACGUUACCUCUUGACAAUUUUUGUCCUUCAGAUGGAAAAUCUUUUAAGUUCAAUUUCUCAUUAAAGUCAUAUACCUAUAUAAUAAAGCUACUGAUUUCCUUUGGAACCUUUUUCUUUAAGAUAAUAGUUUACAUGUAGUAGUACUUGAAAUCUAGGAUUAUUAACUAAUAUGGGCAUUCUAGUUAAUGGCAGUUGAUGGGUUCUAAUUUUGGAUGGAGUCGAGGGAAGGGAAAGUGAAUUCUAGAAAGCCUGUUCCCCUCACUGGACGAAAUAACUCCUUCUUGUAGUAGUCUCAUUACUUUUGAAGUAAUCCCACCACCUAUCUCGUGGGAGAGCCAUCCAAACGAGAAACCUAAAAUAAUUGGUUCUUGGUAGAGAUUCAUUAUUUCUCCACUUUGUUCUUUAGGAGAUUUUAGGUGUUGAUUUUCUGUUUUAUUUUAACUCAUACCUUUAAAGGAAUUCCCCAAAGAAUGUUUAUAGCAAACUUGGAAUUUGUAACCUCAGCUCUGGGAGAGGAUUCUUUUCUGAGCAAUUAUUAUUUAAAGUGUGUUGUUGCUUUAGGCUCACGGCACGCUUGCGUAUGUCUGUUACCAUGUCACUGUGGUCCUGUGCCGAGUGCCCUCAGGGGACUUGAAUCUUUCCAAUAAACCACGUUUAGAUAGUAUGAGUCAAUGUGCAGUGUAGCCCACACUUGAGAGGAUGAAUGUAUAUGCACUGUCACUUUGCUCUGGGUGGAAGGACGUUAUUGUUGACUUAUUUUCUCUGUGUUUGUUCCUACAGCCCCUUUUUCAUGUGUUGCUCAAUCUCCCUUUCCCUUCUUGGUGCUUACACAUCUCAGACCCGUUAGCCAAACCCUUGCCAAUGACAGUAUUUUUGUUCUCAGUUCUCACUAUUCCCUCUGGUCGUGGAGCCUUUGAAUAAAUAUGCACAUAGCUGAGGCCGGGUGCGGUGGCUCACGCCUGUAAGCCCAGCACUUUGGGAGGCCUAGGCGGGCGGUCAGGGGUUUGAGACCAGUCUGGCCAACAUAGUGAAACCCUGUCUCUACUAAAAAUGCAAAAAUUAGCCGGGCGUGGUGGCAGGCAUCUGUAAUCCCAGCUACUUGGGAAGCUGAGGCAGGAGAAUCACGUGAACCCAGGACGCAGGGGUUGCAGUGAGCCGAGAUCGCAUCAUUGCACCCUAGCCUGGGCCACAGGGCGAGACUCCGUCUCAAAAAAAAAAAAAAUGCACAUAGCUAUGGAGUGGGCUUUAGCUUGAAAAGGUGACCUUGCAGCUUCACGCCAACUUCUGGCUCCUCAAACAGUAGGUUGGCAGUGAGGCAGGGUUCCAUUUCUCACUGAGAGGAUUGUGAAUAUUUCCAUAUGGAUUUUCUAUUAUUGUUACUCUGAUUCUUUGUUUUAAAAUAAAAAUUCUGAAUGUACACGA